AAUAAAAUUCCUGGACCACCAGUUAAUCCAUGGGUACCAUGGCUUGGUCAUGCAUAUAUUGUAUUGGAUUUAGAUCGUUGCCAUUAUCAACAUGGUACAUAUGCAUUAAUCUAUCAGAUGGUAUCAUCAGUGAAUAAAAUCUAUCAACAAGAAGGCAUAUGUCGAAUGUGGAUUGGUUUGAAACCAUUGGUAUUACUUUAUCGACCAGAUGAUGUAGAAGUUAUUUUGAAUAGUAAUACUUUAACACAAAAAUCGGCCGAAUAUCGAUUCCUUAAUUCAUGGUUAGGUGAAGGUCUUGUUACUAGUGGUAGACAAAAAUGGCGUAGUCGACGUAAAAUAUUAACACCGGCAUUCCAUUUUCGUAUAAUUGAAGAUUUUCUGCCAAUCAUCAAUGAACAAUCAAACAUAUUGGUGGCAAAAUUAAAUCGAUUAACAACAAAUGCAAAUAAUGAUACUAUUGAGAUGGAUGUUGUACCUAUUAUAACAUUAUGUAUGUUGGACAUUAUCUGUGAAACGGCAAUGGGUGUUAAAUUAAAUCUACAAGCCAAUUCAAAUCAUGAAUAUGUGGAAGCAUUAUAUAAUAUAAGUAGAAUUUUUUUAAUUCGCCUAAUGAGACCAUGGUUAUGGCCAAAUAUUACAUUCAACAUAAGCUCAUAUGGACGAUUAUUCAACAGAUCUGUUGAACAAACAAAAAAUUUUACAAUGAAAGUGAUCAAAGAAAGACGUAAUGAAUGGAUGAAAUUUUUAUCCAAUCAUAAUCAUAAUGAUGAUGAACAUGAAUCAAUGGUAGAUGAUUUUGAUAUGAUUAAAACAUCAAAAUUCUUUAAAAAUAGUAAUCGAUUAGCAUUUCUUGAUCUGUUGCUUCAACAUCAUUUGGUGACAAAAAAAUUAACAUUAGAAGAUUUACGUGAAGAAGUGGAUACAUUUAUGUUUGCUGGACAUGAUACAACAUCACAUGCAAUUAGUUGGACAUUAUACAUGUUAGGCAUACAUCAAGAUAUACAGCAAAAAGUACGCGAUGAAAUCGAUAUGGUAUUUGAUUGUAGUGAAUCAAAUAUCGAUCUUUCUAUUGAUGAAAUUAAACAAUUAAAAUAUCUUGAUUGUGUUAUCAAAGAAGUACAACGAAUAUAUCCAACAGCGCCAUUCAUUGGACGUGAUUUAAGUGAAGAUACUAAAAUUAAUGGUUACAUUAUACCAAAAGGAACCACUGUAGGAAUAUUCACCUAUGUAUUACAUCGUGAUCCAGAAAUUUAUCCUGAACCGGAAAAAUUUUUACCAGAAAGAUUUUUACCAGAAAAUUGUAGCGGAAGACAUCCAUUCUCAUUUAUACCGUUCUCGGCUGGACCAAGAAAUUGUAUUGGACAAAAAUUUGCUAUGAAUGAAGUGAAAAUUGUUAUUGCAAAAAUCAUUAGACAUUUUUAUCUUAGAUCAAUUGAUCCACGUGAUAAGCUUGUCAUUGUUGGUGAAAUGAUAUUACGUUCGAUUAAUGGGCUAAAAAUUUCAUUUAUUCAACGUAAAUUAGAGCAAACAAAAUAA